AUGGCCUUUUUCAGGAAUUAUUCUAAUGAAACAGUUUCACGAAGUGUCCUGGAAGAAAAGAACCAGGGACAAAGUGUUGAAAGAAUUCACAGUUCCACAGGGAAUGAGGAUGUAGAUGUGAUUUCUUGCGAAAAGGAAUUUGAUAUGAACAUGCAUGUGCAGUAUCAAAGUGAAGGUGAACACGAUGAUGCUAGUAGGUUGCAGAAUGAGGCAGAAAAUGAUGAGGGUAUUGCUACAAGAGCUUCUAAUUUGCCGUCUUCUGGGAGGAGAACGGCGGUGGCUGGAAAAUGGGGUUCUACCUUUUGGAAGGACUGUCAACCUAUGUGCUCACAGGGCGGGUCUGACUCUGGGCAGGAAACUAAAAGUGGGUCUGACUACAGAAAUGCCGUUGGAUCUGAAGAUAAUUCUUCGGAUGUCAGGGAAGAUAGAAUAGAUUUUGAAGACAAUGACAGGCCAAAAGUAAGCAAGGGACAACGGGGACAUUCUGACAUCCCUGCAGAUGAGAUGUUGUCUGAUGAAUAUUAUGAGCAGGAUGGGGAAGAACAGAGUGACUCUAUGCACUAUAGAGGGUUUCAUCAUUCAGUUGGGUCGAAUUCUAGGCCACAAUCAAAACCUGCUGCAGUCAGUAACCAUGCACAUAGGACUUCUAGAGUUUUAAAUGAUAAUGAAGAUUAUGAUGAUGGUGAUGAUGACAACGAAAAUAUUGAUGCUGCUGAUGCUGAUUAUGAAGAAGAAGAUGAAGAUGAAGAUGAUCCUGAUGAUGCAGAUUUUGAACCUGAUUAUGGUGUUGCAAGUGGUCGUGCAGUGCAAAAGGAUAAAGAUUGGAGUGGUGAAAAUUCUGAGGAAGAUAAUGACAGUGAUGAUGAGCUUGAUGUGUCAGAUGAAGAUAAUUCUUAUUAUGGAAAGAAACCUAAGAGUAGGCAUCGUGGUAAAGGUGGGCUUAGUGUUAAAUCUACAAGAGAACGCAAAUCAUAUCAUGCAUCUAGUCGCCAAAGAAGAGGGAAGUCUUCCUUUGAUGAUGAAGAGUCCUCGGCGGAGGAAUCUGAAAGUGAAAGUGAUGAGGACUUUAAAAGCACAAAAAGAAAAGGUGUACAUCUCCGCAAAAGUAAUGGCCGAAAAAAUGUCACUGGACGAAAUGGUGAGGUACGGACUUCUACUAGAUCUGUUCGGAAGGUUUCAUAUGUUGAAAGUGAAGGAAGUGAUGAAGUUGAUGAAGGGAAGAAAAAGAAGUCCCAAAAGGAGGAGAAUGAAGAAGAGGAUGGUGACUAUAUUGAAAAGGUGCUCUGGCAUCAGCCAAAAGGCAUGGCUGAAGAAGCUCUGAGGAAUAAUAGAUCAACAGAGCCUGUCUUGUUAAGUCACUUGUUCGAUUCUGAGCCAGAUUGGAAUAGUAUGGAAUUCUUGAUAAAAUGGAAAGGCCAGUCCCAUUUGCACUGUCAGUGGAAAUCAAUUUCCGAGCUACAAAAUCUUAGUGGUUUCAAGAAGGUUUUAAAUUACACUAAAAAGGUGAUGGAGGAUGCUAAGUACAGGAAGACAAUCUCACGUGAGGAGAUUGAGGUCCAUGAUGUGAGCAAAGAAAUGGACUUAGAUCUCAUCAAGCAAAAUAGUCAGGUGGAGAGAAUAAUUGCAGACCGGAUCAGGCAAGAUAGCUCAGGUGAUGUGGGACCCGAAUAUCUAGUCAAGUGGCAAGGAUUGUCUUAUGCUGAAGCAACAUGGGAAAAGGACGUGGAUAUCGCAUUUGCACAAGAUGCUAUUGAUGAGUUCAAGGCUCGUGAAGCUGCGAUGGCUGUACAAGGGAAAAUGGUGGAUCUCCAGCGCAAGAAAACCAAAGGAAGUCUAAGGAAGCUUGACGAACAGCCCGAAUGGUUGAAGGGAGGAAAGCUACGUGAUUAUCAGCUUGAGGGUUUGAAUUUUCUUGUCAAUAGUUGGAGAAAUGAUACCAACGUCAUUUUAGCUGAUGAAAUGGGUCUUGGUAAAACUGUUCAAUCAGUUUCAAUGCUUGGUUUUUUACAGAAUGCUCAACAGAUCCACGGGCCAUUUCUUGUUGUUGUACCAUUAUCCACGUUGUCAAACUGGGCCAAAGAAUUUAGGAAAUGGCUACCUGAUAUGAAUGUUAUUGUGUAUGUUGGUACCCGUGCAAGCAGAGAGGUUUGUCAGCAGUAUGAAUUUAACAACAGUAAAAUAGUUGGCCGGCCUAUAAAAUUCAAUGCACUAUUGACUACAUAUGAGGUGGUUUUAAAGGAUAAGGCUGUUCUUUCCAAGAUAAGGUGGAAUUAUCUAAUGGUUGAUGAAGCUCAUAGGUUAAAGAACAGUGAGGCACAGUUGUACACAACCCUCUUGGAAUUUAGCACCAAGAACAAGUUGCUUAUAACUGGUACUCCAUUGCAGAACAGUGUGGAAGAGUUAUGGUAA